UUAUUGUCAUUUACAGUCGACGGGUGUGAUUAAGUGAAAAAUGGGUUCUCCAACUAGGUUUUCGCUAGUCUUUAUCAUACUGGCAUUACUUGAAGCAGUUAUCCUUCAGAAUCCGACAGACUUUCGAUCUGUAAAAUCAAAUUUUUCAGUUAAAGAGUUAUGUGCCAAAAAAACUAAUGAGAAGGCUUACGCGUUUAUUCCAAUAAAAGUAAACUGGUUCGAGGCCUUCGCCUUUUGUGCUAGAAAUAAGAUGAGACUUCUUACGAUUAAUUCGCAUGUCGAAACUAUUGAUCUGGGAAAACAGCUGAGAAUCGAGAAAGAAGUCGAAGACGAAUAUUGGACGUCGGGAACAAAGUACGGGUCCAGAACAGUUUCGGACUUCAUUUGGUUUACGGACGGUUCGCCGUUCAUUUAUACCAAUUGGUAUGAAUCAACAAACUCCAGAUACAAUCAACCGAAUAAUCUCAACGGAAAUGAAAAAUGCCUCGUACUAAGUAACUGGAAUAUGACCGAAUAUUGGUAUAAAUGGCACGAUGUUCCAUGCGAAAGGAACUUUGCCUUUAUUUGCGAAAGUGAUUGUAAUAAUAUAUAGAUUUACUCAUCAAUUUACAUUCUUAUAAUGGCUCAAGGAAAUAAACACAAUAAAACAUACAGAA